GAGUAAGAAGAAAGGAAUUGUGAUUUGCGCGACCGCUGAUUACUGAUUGCGAUUGAGAAGUUGAGAUUGAGAAUGGGAGAAGAGAAGUUCCAACAUUUUGAUUUUUGGUGUAUAUUCGUUCGAUAAAAUUUUCCGUCCGAUAUAAAUUCUCUAGAAACUGCCGGUGCAUAUAUUUCAUUUUACUCUGUAGCUUUGUAAUUUUUGAUGUAAGUCACUCAAGUGUCACUCAGCAUCGGUGAAUUCCGAUAAGUAAACGCACACAUUCUCCUAAGCAGAAUCGAUCGUUUGGUGGCUUUCCUAGCAAUUUUUGCAGUCUAUGUAAAUGUAAAAUAAAAUUUUAAGAGAAUUUUUAAUCGAUCACGAUGGCUGACUCGUCCUACGAAAAAGGACUCCUCGAAUUAACGAAGAUGAAGGUAGCAGACUUGAGGGCUGAAUUAAAACAGCGUAAUUUAUCGACAGCUGGGAACAAGACAGAAUUGAUGGAAAGACUCCAGUUGGCAAUACACGGAGAUUCUGUGUCUUUAGAUUCGACUUUAUCGAUUGAUGAAACUGCAGAAGAAAUACUUGACGAAGAGAUUCUGGGUGAUGAAGAAAUAGAGGAAUUGGCGAGUAAGCCCGAUUCUCAAGAAUCAAGUGAGAAGAGGAAAUUGUCAACUGACAGUAAUGGUAGCAACACGAGCAACACUAGCAAUAUUAGCAACCUCAACGGAACAACUAAUGGAAAGAAGGUCGUGUUAAACCGGAAAUCUGUUAUAGAAGAUAUCAAAAUUAAUGAAGAGCCAAAGAAAGAUACGGAAAUACCAAAAACCACUGACGAUGCUGUGCCUGAAAAGAAAGUUAUUAAGUUAUCCGAGCUCAGUAUGCAAGAAAGACUAGAAAUGAGAAAGAGAAAGUUUGGAGCGCCUACUACAGACACUGCAAAGAAAGUAGCAAGAGCGGCGAGGUUUAAUCUGGAUAACACGAAAAGUUCAUCAGCAUCAUCAAUCUCAACUCCAGUGAACACAAGCUACGAGGUACUGAAAAAAAGAGAGGAGAGGUUCGGCUCUUCAGUUUCUACUGUUAUGGAGAAGGCUGAGUUGCAGGCUAGGAUAGAAAAACGAAAAGCUCGAUUCGGCGAAGUGAAACCUGUCGAGAAAGUCUUCCCCAACAAAAUCAAGAUAGUCAAAUGAUAUUCGAUUUUUUACUCAAAGAUUUCUCCUUAGAGUCUACAUCGGUAAUAAUUUCAUUCUCACUAAAAAAAAAAACAAUAACCUGCAAAAAGAAAUCAAAAAGAUUGUUUAGAAAUCUUACAUUAUUUUUCAGAGAUAAAACAAUUUUUGCAAUUGUUACACAACUUUUUCUCUUCGAAUUUCUUUCAUUUUCUGUCCCGUUUAAUUGAAAGAAGGCAAUAGGUUCGAUUAAACGAUUUGACACGCUUGAUACUUUUAUGUAUGAUCAUCGAAAAACUUUGAUGUGUGUAUAGAAAUUUUAUAAAUUUGUAAUUGAACUAGUUAUUAAGUUUUUUUUUCUUAUGCGCGAUUACGAGUAAGACAAUCUAUUAUUAUAUUUUUUUAUCACAUUCACGAUUUCAUCUUGUGUGAAAUGCACUGAUACAUAUGUUUUUGAUUCACGUUAAUGCCUCUAGUUGCAAGAAAAUCUGGAGAAAUAAAAUAUUAAAUUUUUUAGUAACAACAUACAACAUUAAACUUGAUGUAAGAAUAAAAUUUACUAAAACUAAAUUUAGAUAAUAUUUUCAAUUCGGUAAUCAGUUGAAAAAUGUAAAUGACGAUUUAAUAAUUUGCAUUUGUAUCAUUAGAAAACCUUCGGUACGUUCGAAUAAAAUGUU